CAACAGUGAGAGUUUGCAAAUCCUGAACAGGAAAAACAAUUAGCCUAUUUAAGGUCCAAAAAAACUGUGUGCUCAAACAACCAAAUCUUGUUCAGUUUUCUCUCAGAUACAGCACUCCUUCCCUUAGGAUUCUUUAGCUCUCUCACUGCGAUGAUGGAAGGAGAUAUGUCCCGAAAGUCGCCAGAAGCCCGUCGUGGUGAGGAUUUCAUAGAACUUCUCAAGACAAUGGACCAUGAAGAGGUUUUGCAGGUUUUGUCUGGAGGAUUUUGCCAGCACUGUCAGGCUCUUUUAGAAACUCGAAUUCACAAUCUCAUCAAUGCAAAAGUUAAUAAGAUGUCUUUGUCCAAUGGUGGCACCGAAGUUUCAAAAGAAUUUCAGUCUGCUGAUGCAAUAAGCAUCAAUUCAUCAAAUGGUAAUUUGGAAUCUUUGUCUCCUGGGAAAGCAAGCCUAACUUCGAGCUCUAACCAAGAAUCUGAAUCUUACUCAGCGAGGCAAAAAGGGGUCACUGCCAAUUCUUCAUCUGCAUCAGUGAACAGCCAUCAGAAAUCAAUUGAUCAUCCAGGUUUUGAAAUACUGUUGAAUGAUGGACUUGCAGACGUGUCUUCUGUGGUGGACAAUGGCUUAUCAGAGGAGCAAAAGGAGCAGUUUAGGUUUUCAAGAGUUGGCAGGAAAAAGGAUUUUGUGUGUUCUGAGAGAAUCAAUGGGAAGCCAACCAAUAUUCUUAAAGGGCUUGAACUUCAUACCAAGGUUUUCAAUCCUGAAGAGCAGAAGAAAAUAGUUGAAUGUGUCUACAAUCUACAGCGCAUGGGCAGGAAGGGGCAACUCAGAGAACGCACAUAUUCAGAACCUACAAAAUGGAUGCGUGGUAAAGGACGUAUCACAAUGCAAUUUGGAUGCUGUUACAAUUAUGCAAUGGACAAAAAUGGAAAGGCCCCAGGAAUAGUUCAAGACGAAGUUGUUGAUCCUCUACCACCCACUUUCAAGCAAAUGAUCAAGAGAAUGGUUAGGUGGCAUGUGUUGCCUGCCACAUGCAUUCCUAACAGCUGCAUCGUGAAUAUAUAUGAUGAAGGAGAUUGCAUUCCUCCCCAUAUUGAUCAUCAUGACUUUCUUCGGCCAUUUUGUACUGUGUCAUUCUUGACUGAGUGCAACAUAGUCUUCGGUUCAAAUUUGAAGAUUCUUAGUCCAGGAGAGUUCUCUGGGCCUGUCUCUAUACCUUUGCCUGUCGGAUCGGUUCUUGUUCUAAAUGGUAAUGGAGCAGACAUUGCUAAGCACUGUAUUCCAGGAGUCCCGGCAAAAAGGAUUUCCAUAACAUUCAGGAAAAUGGAUGACAGCAAACUACCAUACCAGUUCUCACCAGAUCCUGAGCUGUUGGGAAUUAAGCCUCUGAUAUAUUCGCCCUUGACGAAGUCGCCAUACCAACAAAGCCAGCAGCAAAAACCUUUUGGUUAUCCUUCAGUUGUUAAGUCGCUGGUCCAACAGAGCAACCACCAGAAUGGCAACCUCACUGCAACGAAAUCUAGAAGUGGCAACACUAAUGGCACCUCAUUUUUCAUCAAUAAAGAUGAUUUUCCUCCACUUGGCAGCUCAAAGUCUUCUGGUCCAUCCAGGGCGAAUAGAGUUGGAUCAAAAUGAUAGUUCUGUCGAAUCACUGAUUCAUUGAACUCCAUGUACUUGUUUCAGUGAUGUAACUAUUAAUUAACAUAAGGCUUUUAUAUAAUAUAUUAUCAUAGUUUCAUUUA